CUUAUACUAAAAAAUUUUCUUUCAUUUUAUUUGUUUGAUUUAGAGAGUUUAUAAUGUUCUCCUAAUAUAAGUUCUCUUAAGAAGUUUUGUCAAAUCAACAUUAAAAUGAAAGUGAUUAUUAAGAAUGAAAUAAGUCUAGUUAUGAACUUAUGAUCCCCAUAUGAGCCUUAACCCCCUUUCAGCCAAAGUAAUUUUUAAACCAUUUUGACCCACGUAAAUUUAAUCGAAUAAGCCAACCCAUUUGCCAUCUCUAAAUUAAUGAUUCCUUGAGAAGAUGCAAUAUGUCUGUGCACUUGGCUAGCAAGAUGUACUUAGUCAUCGUGUUUACAAAUUAAGUACAACUGAGAUAGAUCCAAAAUUAUCUCUUCAUUGUCCCUCUUGUGUUUUUUUGUCUCUCAUUGUGUUGGGACCAGUGAGUCAGUAAACCUCAUUAUAGAUGUACCUUCUGACCCUACUUCUUCAUGACACUUGCAUCUUCUUCUUCAUCUUAAAAGAUAACCAACUACUACUAGAGUAUUACAUUUUGAUAAAUUAGUUACGAGAGCCAAGCAGUCUACAUUGUUUUCUGGUAGACAGUUUCGACCUACUUAUGUUUAUUUAUAAUCUUUUAAGGAAUACGUGAACGACUAAUAUGGGACGAAUGAAGUACUAGUAAUAAGAGAGUUUGCCUCCCUUUGUCAACAAAGAGUAUAAUUGAUAUGCUUUAAUCAAUUUCAUUUUGUUUAACUAAUUAUUUGACCAAACAAACAAAUCAAAUUAUGUUGGUCCCAAUUAUUUAAUUGCAUUCAAUUAUACCUAAACUCUACUAUAAUGUGGUCAAAUCGCUAUAAUUAUUAGUUACUCUCUUAGAUUCAUAAUGAAUGGUAGCUAGGAGACGCUUUUAAAAAAAUUAUUCACUCUUGAAAAUAAUUAAAAAAUAUUUUUAUUAAUGUGACAGAAGAAAUAAAUUUUUUAAUGAUUUUUUAAUCAUGUAUAAUAUUGUUCAAAUUUGAAGAAAACAAUCACUUGCAGUUGUGGCUGGCACGCCUUCCAUUUGUAUUUAUAAAAUUGAAAGAAGGGAAAUCUUUGUGGAUUCAAAACUUGAGAGUAAAGAAGGUGGUGGAUGGGUCUAAAUUCAAAUAUUCUCAAACUUCAAAAAGUUUCUCAUUAUUUCAUAAUGAAAUACUUUUCUUGCAAAACUCAAAAAUGUCUUUGUCCCCACAUAAUUCCAAAAAGUAAAUUUAUGCAACGUAGAAACUUUUCUAUUGCCUUUCCACUCCCAUAAGACUCCAAAAAUAACCCACCUGUCUUAACCAAAGUCCAAACAUAACAUAAAUAUAACGAUAAAGGGUCACUAUCUUUAACUAAAUUGGAGGUUCAGAGUUUUCCUCCCUCAUCCAUAACCAUAUUUAAUGAAAUCUACAAGAUAAAAAAAAGGAAAUUCAUUUACUGCACUCCACUAAUAGUUUGAAUUUAUUAUCUUUUAUCACAAUAAAAAUAACACAUCUUUUUAAAUAUUUUACUAUGACUUGUCAAAAUUUAAAACUUCCGUGUCCAUUGGGACAGAUUAUAUUAGGCGUGGUGGUCACCAAAAUUAAUUUACUUGUUUCGUCAUCAAAAGUAACGAUUUUCGGAAGAUUAAGAAACAUUCAUUUUCUUUAAUCACGAGAAACCCCUUUGUCCCCAGUCAUUUGCAUAUAUUCAUACAGAUAUUCUCCGUUUCAGUUAUCGAGAGAUAUUCAUUUCCCUUCGAUGAAAUCUUGUUGUUUGCGUCUAUUAAUUGUUUGAACGAACUGCGGUUACUGAUUUUGCUGGAAACUGUAUUUGAUUUGAUUAUUGAAGCAUUUUUACUUGGCGAAGCGCCAGUAAUUUCUGUGAACUAGAAGAAGUAGUUCGUCGUCAGAAUUCAAAUUUGAAAAUAGGUCUGAAAAUUGAAAAAAAAAUUUCUUCGUCUUGUUGCUAAAUACUCAAAAACCUUUCUGAGGCAAAUGUUCGUCAAAAAUGCCAAGCAUUAGAGCUCCAGCUGCAAGGAAAGCCACUACCCUCUCGGUAGCAGUGAAAUGCAGGCCAUUGACGGAUAGAGAAGGAGGGCGCGAUAUAGUUAGAGUAAACAAUGAUAAGGAGGUUGUUAUUCUGGAUCCUGACCUGUCAAAGGAUUACUUAGAUCGCAUACAGAAUCGUAGCAAAGAACGAAGAUAUGCUUUUGAUUAUGCAUUUGGACCUAAAUCUACAAAUUUGGGCGUCUAUGAGAAAAGUGUCCAGUCUACAAUUGCUGGGGUUAUUCAAGGCCUAAAUGCAACUGUCUUUGCUUAUGGAUCAACAGGCAGUGGAAAAACAUAUACAAUGGUUGGAACUAAAGAUGACCCUGGACUUAUGGUUCUGAGUCUUAACACUAUAUUCAAUCGUAUCAAGAAUGACAAAAGCUCUGACGUGUUUCAAGUUACUUGCUCCUACCUUGAAGUUUAUAAUGAGGUUAUCUAUGACUUACUUGAGAAGUCAUCGGGUCACUUGGAGCUCAGAGAGGAUCCAGAGCAAGGAAUAGUGGUUCCUGGCCUUAGAUGUAUCAAGGUUAAUUCAGCUGAUAAAAUCCUUGAGCUUUUAAAUUUGGGGAACAGCAGGCGAAAAACAGAAAGCACAGAGGUCAAUGAAACUUCAUCACGUUCUCAUGCAGUGUUGGAGAUUACUGUGACUAGGAAACAGAGAGACAAAUACUCUAAUCAGGUUAUAAGAGGAAAACUGGCACUUGUUGAUCUUGCUGGAAGUGAACGAGCUUGCGAAACAAAUAGUGGAGGUCAAAAAUUGAGAGAUGGUGCAAAUAUCAAUCGAUCUCUUCUUGCUUUGGCAAACUGCAUAAAUGCUUUGGGGAAACAACAGAAGAAGGGGCUAGCUUAUGUUCCUUACCGCAACAGUAAAUUGACACGAAUUCUGAAAGAUGGUCUGAGUGGUAAUUCUCAAACAAUAAUGAUUGCCACCAUAUCACCAGCUGUCAGUCAGUAUCACCAUACUGUGAAUACCUUAAAGUAUGCUGACAGAGCGAAGGAAAUUAAGACACACAUUCAGAAAAACAUUGGAACAAUCAAUACUCACGUUUCAGAUUACCAACGGAUGAUCGAUAGCCUUCAAAUUGAGGUUAGCCAGUUGAGGAAGGAAUUAGCUGACAAAGAAACACAACUAAUUGCCAAGCCUUCUGAAAAAGCCUCAGAUGACGAGCUUUCUUGGCUGGACACAUUGAGCCAUGAAACCAGUGAAAAUGUCCAGGAGAGGAUAAAUUUACAGAAGGCCUUGUUUGAGAUAGAGGAGAUGAACAUUAGCAACCAUAAUGAACUCCAAAAUCUUGAUGAUGCAAUUGCAAAACAACAGGCUGUUGAAAAGGAUGGGGCAGUCGUGCGAGCUCUUAGAGCAAGACGUCAAGUCAUUCUUGAUAAUAUUCGCGACAAUGAUGAGCUCAGUAACAAUUAUCUGAAGGAAAUUGAAGCGAAUGAGAAGCGAAGGUGUGAACUCCAAGCUAUGAUUGAUGAAGCUAUUAGCAAUAAUGGAAACAAGACUUACUUGAGAGUUCUGAGUCAAUACAGGCUUCUGGGAAUUGCUAAUACUGAGCUUCAGCUAGAAAUAGCGAUGAGAGAUCAAAUAAUUCACAAUCAAAGGGAAACACAAAAGAAUCUGUGGAGUUUACUCCUUAGUCUAGGCCUUGAUGAAAAGCAGAUAACGGAUCUUGCCCUUAAACAGGGAAUAACUAUUGAAGACUGGACAAUGACUGCCCAAAUUCAAUUAUCUGAUAGAAGACAGUCACCAAUCACAGGAAGUGGAACAUAUACUACCUUAUCUUCCUCUCCACCAACUUUUCAACUUGGUGCUAACGUGCCACUUGAACAAUACUUCUGUUCUGUGCCAAGUUCAUUGAGAAAUCGGAGACCACCACUUAUCCAUUGCAGAGAUGAAGACCACAGUUCUUAUUAUUUGCAUGACUACUCCCCAUCAGAAAAUAUGACACUGAGCGAAGGCGAAAGUUGUUUCAAAGAUGGGACUUCACUUCAUGAAGUUCCUAAUAGGCAUCCUCUUGAAUUUUGCAGUUCGUAUGCACCGACAAGAAACCAAUUUUCUUCAUGCAGUGAAAGUGGCAUGUCAGUGACCCCUUCCCUUGUGGAUUUGAGGCAGCAGCAGAUGGAUGUCCAGUCAAGCUCUAUCAGGCAGCAAAUACGGCCAAGCUGCCAUGCAGAAAUAAGCAACACUGAUUACUUUCACCAUGGAAUUACGAUGGUUCAUAGGGUAUCAAGGCAAGGUCGGUUUCACAGUAGCCCCUUCACCCAGAACUUUGCCUCGUUGAACUCUAAUCAUUUACAUCCAAAACUUGGGCAAUUUAACCUGCAAGAUAUGCAGGUGCUUCCUUUUUGUGAUACAACAUCAUUAAGUUCCAAUAGCCGUGAAGCUCGGCCGCCAAGAUUUUCUUAAACAAUCUAUUCUUUCAUUUGAUUCCUUUUCUCAAUUUGCCCCUCCAAUUGUACAUAAUAUAGUAUUAGAGGUCCUAUAGUCAUUUAGUGGAUUCAGUAGUUGACAUAGAUUAUUCAAUUAAUUCGAGUCUUAUAACAAAGUAAAGACUAAAGAAUGUAGUUGUGCCGCUGCUGCAGCCUGCAGUGCAUACAGCAUACUUCAGUAGUGUGAGCUUUUGGAAGUUGCCGGCAGUUGAUGAAGCAGUUAAACAUGAGUCUAAAUUUUCUGUAAGCUCUUGGAGAAGUCACAAUGACUUGCUAAAUCAUUGCUGCUUUUGAGUUCUGCUACUCAUAUCUAUGCAUUAUCACAACAAAGAAAAAAAGAUGUUUUUUUUUUUAACUGUA